UUCUCCAAUAGACAAGGACAGUGUUGAGUCAUCUUAUUUGCAUACCGUCCCUAUAAAUACGGGGGACUGCGCUUCGGUCACACCGUUGCUCCUGCGGUAACCAGGUGGUGGUAGACCCGUAAAAUGCCGGAACCGGCUAAAUCCGCUCCCGCUCCCAAGAAAGGCUCCAAGAAAGCUGUCACUAAGACCCAAAAAAAAGGUGACAAGAAGCGUAGAAAGACUAGGAAAGAAAGCUACUCCAUCUACGUGUACAAGGUGCUGAAGCAGGUGCACCCCGACACGGGCAUCUCGUCCAAGGCCAUGGGCAUCAUGAACUCCUUCGUCAACGACAUCUUCGAGCGCAUCGCCGGCGAGGCGUCGCGCCUGGCGCACUACAACAAGCGCUCCACCAUCACGUCGCGGGAGAUCCAGACGGCCGUGCGCCUGCUGCUGCCCGGCGAGCUGGCCAAGCACGCCGUGUCCGAGGGCACCAAGGCGGUCACCAAGUACACCAGCUCCAAGUAGGGCGUCUCGGAUCGUCACUUUAACCCAAAGGCUCUUUUAAGAGCCACCCACAUACUCAGUAAAAGAGUCGAUCACGCUGGUUUUUUUCGGUGAGUGGUACUUA